UGACCAAGCUGCAGGUGAGCAAGUCGAAGCGGAGUAUCACUCUGGUGGAGAACCGGCCCAUCCUCCUCAACUGCUCAGUGAAAUCCCAGACCAGCCCUGACUCGCACUUUGCCGUGCUGUGGUACGUCCACAAGCCUUCGGAUGCUGAUGGCAAGCUCAUCCUGAAAACCACCCACAGCUCGGCCUUUGAGUACGGCACCUAUGCGGAGGAGGAGGGGCUGCGGGGCCGGCUGCAGUUUGAGCGCUCAGCUUCGGGAGGGCUCUUCAGUCUGACGGUGCAGCGGGCAGAGGUCCGAGACAGCGGCAGCUACUACUGCCACGUGGAGGAGUGGCUGCUCAGCCCCAACCACGCCUGGUACAAGCUGGCAGAGGAGGUGUCAGGACGGACAGAGGUCACCGUCAAGCAGCCAGAUAACCGCCUGCAGGUGAACCAGACCCACAAGAACAUCACAGUGCUGGAGAAUGAGUGGGUGAUCCUGGAGUGCCUGGUGAGCAAUCGGACCAGCCCCUCAUCCCAGCUCUCGGUGGAGUGGUACGUCUGGCGGCCAGGCCACCCGGAGAAGGAGGCAGUGGCCUGGCUCAGCCGACAGAGCACCCUGCACUACGGGGACCUGGCGACACCGGGUGACCUGCGGAGCCGACUGCACCUGGAAAGCCCAUCCCCAGGUCUCUACCUCCUCUCCAUCCAAAAUGCCACCGUGAGAGACAGCGGGGCCUACAACUGCCGCGUGGAGGAGUGGCUCCUCGACCCCAGCGACCGCUGGUACAAGCGGGCAGAGGACCUCUCUGGACUCAUCACCCUCACUGUCAAGCAGCCAGAUCCCACCUUGCAGGUGGACACAGCCACUGCCAACCUCACGGUGCAGGAGAAGGAGUCCUUCCCACUAGACUGCAUCAUCCUGUCCCGCUCCAGCCCAGAGUCCCACUUUGCAGUGACAUGGUACAACCUGCGGGCAAAAGAGGCAGGCAACCCUGCAGAGGAGGAGGAGGAGGAGGCGGAGAGGGCAGUGGUGCUGAGCGUGGGCCCCGAUGCCAUCUUCAGCCCCGAGGCUGAUGGCUGGGCGGGCCGACUGCGCUUCCAGAGGCUCUCGGCAGUGCUUUUCCGGCUGACAGUGCUGCAGGCUGGCGGUGCUGACACAGGCAACUACUCGUGCCGUGUGGAGGAGUGGCUGGCAGACCCCAACGGUGUGUGGUACCGGCUGGCAGAGGAGGAGUCGGCUAUGGUCGCCGUUCACGUGCAGGAUGCAGGCUCCACCCUGCAGUCUGUCAUCUGCUCCAAUGAUGCCCUCUUCUACUUCGUGUUCUUCUACCCCUUCCCCAUCUUUGGCAUCUUGAUCAUCACCAUCCUCCUGGUGCGGUUCAAGGGUCGAAACUCCAGCAAGAACUCAGAGGGCAAGAACGGGGUCCCCUUGCUGUGGAUUAAAGAGCCUCACCUCAACUACUCUCCCACUUGUCUCGAGCCACCAGUCCUCAGCAUCCACCCAGGAACCAUAGACUAA